CCACAGUGCCCCUCUUGCCGGAUGCUUCAGUCUUUGGUUUUCCCUCCUCCAAGAAAAAUUAUAUGCCAGAGGAGAAAACCAGAGAUCCAAGAGGGCUUGGAUCUCUAAAGUUCACUUUCUUCUUCUUCUUCUUCUUCUUCUUCUUCUUCAAGCUCAGCUUUGAUUGGAUCAAUGGAGGAGCAACUCAAUCCUUUAGCUGUGACUCAUCUCCUGCAACACACCCUGAGAAGCCUGUGCAUCAGCAAAAGCUCCCAAUGGAUUUAUGCUGUCUUCUGGAGGAUCUUGCCGAGAAAUUACCCUCCUCCCAAGUGGGAUCUCCAAGCAGGGGUUUAUGACAGAAGUAGAGGAAACAGGAGGAAUUGGAUACUUGCGUGGGAGGAUGGUUUCUGCAAUUUUGCUACUAAUUCCACAACCUGUGAUCAAUUAGCAGCAGGCACCUCAUCAGCUUAUGAAGAAUGUGAAACUAGUAAAGGCCUCCAACCUGAGCUCUUCUUCAAGAUGUCCCAUGAGAUCUACAACUAUGGAGAAGGCUUUAUUGGAAAAGUUGCUGCAGAUCACGGCCAUAAAUGGGUGCUUAAGGAACCCCAAGAUCAAGAGAUCAACUUCCUCUCCUCUUGGAACAACUCUGCUGAUGCACAACCAAGAACUUGGGAAGCUCAGUUUCAAUCAGGCAUCAAGACCAUUGCUCUAGUCGCAGUUAGUGAAGGAAUUGUGCAAUUGGGAUCCAUCAACAAGGUGAUGGAGGAUUUGAGCUUCGUCGCGUUGCUCCGCAAGAAGUUUAGCUACCUCGAGAGCAUCCCCGGCGUCCUCCUCCCCCACCCUUCCUCCGCAGCGGCCGCGGCCGCCGCCUUCCCCAUCGUUGACGGGUGCAACCAGCUGGCUGCUGCCUGUGCCCCCCACUGGACCGCAUCCCUACCCCUGCCCCUGCCCCUGCCGGACUUGUAUGACCAAUACUUGAUGGCGCAGCAGAUGAGGGUCACGCCGUCAAUGAGCAGCCUCGAGGCGCUGCUCUCGAAGCUGCCGCCCGUUGCCCCGCCACCAGUUGCCCCGCCACCAGGUUUCAUGGAGAUGCCCCCACCGAUGGCCGGGCUGAUGCAGAGGCCGCUGGUGGGUGCAAAAGAGGAACAAGGAGAGGAGAAAAUGGAAGAGUUACAGCCGACGCCGCCACAGCCAGAGAGCGGUGGCGAGAGCAGCAGCUCAUUGCCUUCGUAUUAUCUCAAUAUGACCAAAUUACCAGGUCAGGAUCAUGAUCCCGAGGGCUUCUAAUUAAUAAUUAAUAAUGAAUCAUUAGUUAGGGAGUGAUCUACAAAAUAUUGUGAAAAUCAAUCUAUUGAAUCAACUUAAAAAUUAUAUAUCAAUCUCCUUGUUGAUUACUUUAGAUGCUUACUUUGUGCUGGUAAUUAAAGAUCUUUAUAAUCUGUAAUGGUUAAUUAAUUAACUUGUAAGUUAUGUUUAAACAGUAAAUAUUGCUAACUACUCAUCCAAUAAUACUUCUUCUUAAA